UCAGUUAGUGAGGAUACCCCAGUGAAUGUGUCAAGUGUUUUUGGCCUCCGUCACAUUUUGGACUAAACUAAGACAUGGGCUAACCACAAGCGAUUUGGGAUUAUUUGGUGCUCCUUAAAAGAUGUCAGCAGUGGCAGUCGCGGUCGCUCCCUCGUGUCUCGGUGGUGGUCGCGGUCGUAGUGUCGAGUGUCGUGUCUAGUGCCGCGAUCGCGUCGGUAGGAUGCGGAAAGAGGUUCCGCGUGAUUCCGCAGCAAAUAAGACCGCUCGAGCUGCCUCCCCGGGUAAAGGACAGAAGCGCGCCGCGCCCUCCGUCAAAACAGAGGUGAAGAAGAAGAAACCGGUAAAAUCCGCGGAAGGCGAGGCUACCAAGUCCGGCCAGCCCGCGGAGAAGAAGAAGAAGCUGCUGAAGCCCAAGGUUGUUCUAACCAAGUUGAGUCCCACAAGCGUUCCUCAGCUGGCGAAAGCCAAACAGGUCAAAGAAGGGAAGAAAGAAACUGGUCCGAAACAGGUGAAACCGAAACCAAAGAAAGUCGUUGUCAGCAAAGCUACCAAAAAAGAAGUUAAGUUAGAGAAUGAGUCGAAACGAGCAAAAAUCGUUCGGGCUGUCAAAGACGUGAAGAAAGCCAAGAGUGUUGUCGCUUCAAAAAUGGCGAAAAUUUCUCCCAAAAAAAUUACCGAUAGUGGAACUGUAAAGAAAAUUUCAGGCAAGAUCAACGUUGUCAAACAACAUAACAUUGUUAAACGAGUUAAUAAAAUGUCAGGAAAGAAACCAUGUGUAGUUUCAGUUAAGAUUAGCAACGCUCAUAGCACUGUUACUUUGUCAGUGAAACAAAACAAGCAAGUGAAUAAAAAAGAUUCUCUAAAGUGUUCUAAAUCGGGUGGAGGAAAGAAUAACGAUAGAAGUACGAUUUCUAUUGUGAAAAAAGGAAUCGCAUCAAGACGAAAAUCUACGUCCAAAGAAUGUACUUCACAGGAAUCGUCACCUUCUCAAAGUCCGACAAGAGACACUUCCCCAAUAAGGAGUAAAGAUGAAAAGACUUUGUUGAAAAUGAAAAAAUCUGAGAAUGUUAAGUCUACGAAAAAAAUGACAAAGCAAUCCUCAGUAGAAUCCAACAAAGGUGUGGAUGACAAAAGUAAAAUCAAACAUUGUGAAAGUAAAAUGAAAGACAACAACCGUGACAGUUCAGACAACAAAACAGAAGUAAUAAUAAACGACACGUUCAAAAUAAAAACGGAAAACGUUGGUGAAGAUCAAAACAUGGAGAUAGAGUUUACGACAUCAGCUGAUAAACACAAGAGUGAUGAAAAACAUUCUAAGAAAUCUGAAGAGAAUAUUGGUAUAGACGUAGAAACAAAAUCAAAGACAGAGUUGUUGCUCCAAGAUUCUAAAGUAAAAUCCCCUCUAAAUGAAUACAGCAAUCUAAAGAGUGUAGAUUCCAGCACAUCCGAUGAAAUUCCUCUAGAACUAUUAAAAUCCAAGCAAAAACAUAUCAAACAAGAAAAAGACAAUGAUGAUACUUCUCAAAGUUCCGUGAAAAAGACUAAGGAAGGAAAGGAGUCACCUCGACAAGAUGCUGUCGACAACAUUCCUCUGUCAAUGAGGGACGACGAAAGUUCAAAUUCAAAUACUAGUUCUGAUAAGAAGAAAAAUGAAACUGACAAACAGUCGAAAUCAAAAUCUACUAAGAAAAUAUCCAAGGCAUCUCUAAAGAAAAUUGAUCAAGAAUCGGUUGCUAAACUCAAAAUUACUUCUAAAAAGGAAAAGUUAAAGGCUUUGGCACUGAAGAAGCAAAAAGUGGCUAAACUGGUAAAGAAUUCGAAACUCUCUGAAGAAAAGCACCGGAAGGACAUUGACUGUAACGACAAAGCAAAGGAGGAAACUAAAGGACGUAGACGAGUCAAGCUAUUAAAGUUUUGGAAUGGACCAAAAAGGCACAGAGUAGCAUCUUUGAAUGCAAUCGCCAAAGUGCAUUGUUUGUACGAAAAUGAAAGUAGAGGAGCUCUGAAUGAGGUCAUUAGUAACGCUGCUAUGCUGCAAAGAGCCAUUCAGGAAUCCAAGAAGCUUGCUAGACAACUUGAGAUGAAGGAAAAAGAAAAAGAAAAGGGUAAAGACAAGGAAAAAGAGAAGAAGGUGACUGCGAAAAAGCCAACUCCUCGGAAAAAGUCACCAGAACCGGCGUCAACCAGGAGUCUACGAACGAACCCAGGAGUUCGCAGCGUUGGGAGAAACUUCGACAUACUAAACGUGAUUUCCUCUACCAGUUUAUCAUCUAGCUCGUCAGAAGAAAGUAGUGAUUCUGGUGAGGAGAAGAAACAGUUAGUUUUGCAACCUUCCGUUAAGCAAAAACAACUGCAAAUAAAGAAGGAGGAAUCUGAGCAUACAACGGACGACGAAUCUCCCAAGAAGACACCACCUUCUCAAAACGAAGACAGCAAAGACGGUGUGAAAAAGAUCAAGAAACGGCGAAGAAAGCGAAACGAGUUGACGAUGGAUUUGAAAGACAUGGUCGUCCGUAAACGGAUGGCCUCUCUAAACGCGUCCGCUAUAAUGACCGCCAGCUAUUCCACGGAGAAAAAAUCUAGAGAGGAGAAAAGAAAGGAAAAAAUAGAGGAAGAGAUCAAAAAGGAGAGGAAAAAGAAGAAGAAAAUCAAGGAACAACCGGAGUCGCCUCUGGAGGCUGAGGAAUCUAGUGCGGACGAAGACGUUAUCGUGAGAACGACCAAUAACAAGCAGAAAGUAGCCGUUAUCGUGAACCAAGACACGGACGUGACGAUCACGGGAGUGUACGUGAACAGCACUACGAGGUCGACACAUCACGAGGGCUACUGCAGCAUUGCAGGGAUGCAAUAUCGCAUCAGCAGCACCAGCCAUACUCAGACUGAGGCGACCGCUGUGGCCACAGAGACGGUGCUGCAUGCAGAACACCCGGCCUGUCUACCGGAGGGAGGCACCGCCCAGACUGUAGUCACUACCGCGCUGGCUGCGACCCCCUGCAAGUCCUACACUCCGCUGAGUGCUUUGUCCAGCAUGCAGCCCCCCGGGCACCAUCACCCCCCUUGUCAGGGCCCUCGUGGGCCUCCUCUCAGCCCCCUACAGCGUCGUCAUGGAUGCUCCUCCGCCUUCAGCGCGCCUCCCAACUACCCACCGCCUCCUGGACCACCUCACCCACAAGGGCCGCCUCCCCAUCCCGAUGUUCAUGGUAACUAUCGAUGGGAAACAGAAAUGCCUUGCUGCACUGGUCUGCCGAGGCCCUUGUGCUACUACCAGCCGGCCGGUCCUCUCAUCUCCACACACCAUCAUCACCACCACUCUACCACCAGCGUCACCAAACUGCCACCCCCACCAACCCCUCCCCCGUCCUCGGCGCCUCACCCACCCUCGGAGACGUCGGACACCGAGGUGGUGCCUGCCGACAGUCAUCCCCCGCCCCCCGGCUACCGCUACCCCGCGGGACAACCCUACAACUACGGCUACCAGUACUACCCUUCACCUCCUGCCAGUAGUCUGCAAUACCCUGCACACAACUACCACCAGGACAUCUGCUACCCGCCCUCUGGGUACCCGCCCGGCUACUUCCCCAAGGGUCACUACCCCCACGCUCCAGGGUACCGGAGAUAUGGUCAUCAGUACUAUCCUCCGCAAGACUUCUACCCCAAUCCUCCUCCUAGCUCCAACCCGCCUUCCUCCAAUAGUCAGAUGAUCGUGGCGCCGCCCUCUGGGGGGCAGAGCUCCUCGAACUUCCCACCCUCCGAUGGCAACUAUCCUCCCCCUCUGGAUCCUUAUCCGCCGCCUCCACAGUCGUACUACCCUGGGUAUAGCGCUGGGCCGCCGCCCCCGUGCUAUUCUACACACUCGCCGUCGUCGAGAGGGUUGUUCAUAGAUGCCGCAGCUUACCAAAGCUGUCCUUGUCCAAUGCAGUCGUGUCCAAAAAACGUCCAUACUGGACCUCUUACUGGUGUCAGUAAGGGGUCUAUGAAGAACCAGACGACACCACUGCCACCCGUGGCGCUAGCGCUGCCAUUGGAACCUCCCGGGGCCCUGGGCCCUCCCAGCCCUGCUAGAGGCAGCGCAGGGAUGCCCCCGCCACCAUCACCUGCACUGGCCACGGCGAGGAACCCUCCACAGUCACCCCCCGCCAAGCUACCACCAGAGCAGACCGGGCUGCUGACCAUCAGCAAGAUGGUGACUGAUGCAGUUCUACUAGCAGACCAGGAUGCUGGCCUCCCAUUGGCCGACUUCAUACCUAAGUCUGAACCGAUCAAAUUGGAGGUCGAGGACAUUGUCAAGAUAGAAGCCACCGAAGAAGUUAAGUGUAACCGUAAAAGAAGAAAGAGCUUGAAAGGCGACGUUAAAAGACAAGCGGUCGAUGUCAUGACGGAAUUGGACAUCAAAGUGCAGCCAGACGAUUUGGAGUUUCAGGAACGAUUAGUGGUCAAAGAAGAACCGGAAAAAGACACAACGGAGAAAUUGGUGGAAAAACAGCUACCUUUGUCGGACAAUGGUGCGACAGUCAAAACGGACAUUCCAGUGCUUAAUGGGAUUGUGAAAACGAAAAAAAGGAAAUCAGUGAGUAGUGACAGUGAACCGGCUGCGAAAAUCACAAAGUGUGUUAAAAGUGUGUUGAAGAAGAAUGCGAAAAACAAGAAAGCGGAGGAGAAUAUCGCACCAGUUGAAACAGUGGAGGAAACUGCGAAAGUUUGUAGACAAAGUAAACCUGUGGAAAGGCGGAAAUCUUCUUGUUCUCCUCACAAGACUGCUACAGCAGCGAGCACCGGACCACGGGACAUCCCCACGGAGGAGAGUCCUAACACAGAGACAGAGGGCUGCAAGAAGAGGAAGGUCGUGCGGGGGAAGAAGACACAAGAGAAGACCAAAGCUGAUCAUCUACUGAGGAGCCAUGGCAAAUCAGAGGGUCCAGCUACGAUAAAGGAGAGAAGAUUAUCAAAGUCAGGGAGUUCGCCAGUGCGGGGGGCCAAGAAGGCUGCAGCCCCCAUACCACCCCCGCUAGACCCCUCCGCAGACAGCACCAUCUCACUACCCGGUCUGCGUAAGUCUCUCGCUCCUAAGUGGUCCAACGGUUGGUCCUGGGAAGGGACUCCUUACAUGGCCAAAGUCUUUACCAAAAUUGAUGAUGGAGCAGUGUUGCGGAAGUGCUACCCGGCCAUGAGGCACGCACAGGGUGACGUGAUCCACCCGCGGGACUGUAUACUGCUCAAGUCUGGCCCGCGCAAGCUGGACCUUCCCUACGUAGCCAAGGUGGCCGCAAUGUGGGAGGACCCUGAGGAUGGAGAGAUGAUGGUGUCUUUGUUGUGGUACUACCGGCCAGAACACACGGAGCAAGGCCGUCGCUCGGACGACAUCCCCGACGAGAUCUUCGCCUCUCGGCACAAGGACACCAACAGUGUUGCUUGCAUAGAGGACAAGUGCUUCGUCCUUACCUUCAAUGAGUACUGCAGGUACCGCAGGUCAAUCCGUACUCAGGAUGAGGGUCGGGGAUGCAGCGGGGCUCGUCUAGUACCCCUGCCUGAGGGUAGCUACCCCCGCCAGCACCGUCAGCCCCCUGGCCGUGUUGCCCCUGACCUUGUGUUCUUCUGCCGCCGUGUCUACGACUUCAGACAGAAGAGAAUUCUCAAGAAUCCUUGCUGAACUCUUCCACCCUCCUCGAGCUAGUCUUUCAUCACUUUUUGUUAUACGAUAACGGUACUGACCUAUUCAACCUGGGGCGAGACCCGUACAAAGCAUCACCUGUGUUAAACCCCUAAAUGUCUCACAAAAUAUACUAGAGUAAUUUGUAUAUGUUGAUCAACCUUCAUAUAUGUAUGUUGUUUGAAUUAAUGUACGUAUACGUGAUCGGAUCAUGAUUUACGAGGUGGUUUUGAUGUAUUCCGUACUAAAUAGAAAAUAUUUUACUAAAAUUUAUCAGCAAUAGUUAUUUUAAUAUAUAUUGGAUUGUGCUAAAACUAGUUUUAAUUUACUAAUAGUCAUACUGAUUCCCAGUAUUAGCCCGUUUGGGGCAAUAGUUUUAAUUUUUGAUCAUUAUGACACCAAUAUUAUAUCCGAUUCGUGCUAGAUUGUUUGAUGAAGUUAGAUAAAGUACCAGUUAGUCGUAAGAGUUUGCUAGUAGAAGACCAGUAAGUGACGGUUAGGACAAUUUUCAUUUAUCGAUUUUGUGCUUGAAAUAGCAAAAGUUACUUGUUAUACGUUUCAGCCGAAGUAUUUUAUGUACUGUUAAAUUUAUUCUGAUUGUUGUGAUAUGUAAGCGAAAUAAUCAAAUAGGUGGUUAUAACUUAAAUUACAUAAUGGCAAUAUGUAUGUGCGAGUUUCAUGAUACAAACUGACAUAAUAUGUUCCUAUCCAAAGUGUGAUGCUUCUUUUCGCAAAUGUGUCAAAAUUGUGAUUCGGUUGCUGAAUGUCUUAUUAGAGUUGUUAAUGUUAUUGUGUUUACUUUAAGAAUGUGACAUUUAUGGAGUUUGAUAAGUAAUGUUGGUUGAAAAAAAACAAGUUUGGAAAUGCCAUCUUUCAAUACUUUUGUCCAUUAAGGAUAAGAAAGAAAAAAAAAACUUAGCCUCUUGGAAAGCUACCUUGUGUGAAUUGCUAAUUUCCUUUAAAUUGAACAACCUGUUCAACAAACAUAUGAAAUCUUAGAAUAUCUACUGGCACUAGUUGCUUGACAGAAAUUAUCACUCUGUGCCUAGGGAAAAUCUUUAAGAAGCUUAUAAUUACGCUAACAGUUUUUUUUUUACUGAACUGAAAAUAAUCCACGAUGGUAUUGCACAAUAUAUAUCACAAAAAUAUUAAAUGGUGUUAAUUUGUUGAGGCAAUAGUCACCAAAGAUGUUUUGUGGAUUUAUGUUUGAAACAUUGUUUUGCCAAAGAUAAGAUGAGUUUGAAAUCUUUUUUAAGUUUGGAAUAAUAUUUUUAAUGGAAAUCCAGGGGUUUACAUAAUAUUAUUAAAAUACAAAUUUCGUUGUUUAUACCCUUUAUCUUGCUUGUAUUAAAAUAUAAAUGUCAUUCAAAUAAUUUUUACUACAUAAUUUUUGCUUUUAAUAUUUAAUUUGAUAACAGUUUGAUAUGAGAAACGUUUUGUUUGUAGAGCAAGUGCAUUUGGAUUUUUAUCAUGUUUAUUUUUAACCUUAUAUUUAUUUUGUUGUUGUUAUGAUGAUCGCCAAAUAAUCACCAAUAAUCGCCAAAAUAAUGAAAUAAAAAAAAUUGUAUGGAGUAAAAUCUUUGAUUAAACUCAAAACAAUUUAUUUAAACAAUGAAAUUGUUAUAAAUUGAAACACAGUAGAAUAAAGAUGUAUUUUGUAAUUUUAUUCCAUCUUAGUUUUAAGUGAGGAAUAAGCUUAGCUUGACUCUAACUGUUACGUUUAUAAAGUGAAAGAAAUGUAACUACUAAUUUCCACCAUUUUGAGUUAUAAACAAGCUUUACCUGUUUAAAACAGUUUAUAAAAUAUCAGAAGCAGUAUAGUUUACUGAUCUAUAUCAUUGUCAGUACCAAUUAUCGUUUAUGUACUUUUUUGUAAAUGAUGGCAUUAUUUAUUGUUUUGUUUGUAGAUAUAUCUCGUUAUUAUUUAUUACUACUUUAGUAGCACAGUAAUGUUUAUUUUUAUGUUUUUGUUAUUAAUGUUGACUAUUUAGUUUGUUAGUUCUAACUAUUAGUGCUCGGACCAAUAACCCUAGUGGCCAGUCUAAGGCCAGAAUUAAGUUUCAUUUUGAUACUUUUACUCCCUGUUACAGAAAUGCUAGUUUCAGAGGGAAAGACAUGAAGAUGUCAAUUCAACCAAAGUCGUUGUAUUAUAGUACUUAGAGUUACGCUCGCAGAAGUAUGCGAUUGCGACAGUGGUAUAUUUUUUAUUACAGUGUUGAGAGAUAUCGGUGUCAAUCUGUUUUCGUGUCGUGUAAAUCCGAAAAUGAACAAAAAAAUAAAGUAGAUUGUUAGAAAGCCUUCUUAGGUGCCUUUUUGCAUGCCUUCAAUCCGUGCAAACUAAAUGGUGUGUGAAAAGGGUUUGAAAAGUAAAAUAUAAAUAUAUAUUAUGAUAUAUUCCAUGUAUUAAAUAAAUGUACCAACACCCGUGAA